CGUACAUCUCUUUCUCUCUCUCACCCCCUCUCUCUCUCCUCCUCCUCUUCCUCCUCCUCCUCCUCCCAUGGCUUCAAUCCUACGAGCUCCGGGGCUCCUCCUCCCCCCUCCGUCCCCGAGCAUCGCCCAUCCCGAAGCUCGUAGGGUUUCUCCGUCCCUCGCCUUCAAAGGGAGGCGCGCGAGGCCGCUGCUCGUGAAGCUACCCACUUUCCCGAAGAGCACUCGGAUGUUUCCUACGGUUCUCCCCUUCGCGGCGUACGAGGAGGCCACCGAGGCCGACGAGGCCGCGAAGGCGACGACCCAGGAAGAUUCAGAAAAUGAAGCCCCUGUAAAUGAUGAUGCAGAUGAUGGUGCUGUUACUGAUCAAGAAGAAAAGGCCGUCUCAGCUGUACUAAUGGCGCUGCAAUCAUAUAAAGAAGCUUUAGCUACUAAUGACGAACCAAAAAUUAUCGAAAUCGAGAGCUUUCUACUGUCCAUUGAAGACGAGAAGAACUCUCUUGCGAAUAAAAUCGCUAUGUUGACGCAAGAAUUAUCAGCUGAACGCGACCGAAUUCUUAGGAUCAGUGCAGACUUUGAUAAUUUCCGAAAACGGACGGAGAGAGAAAAGCUUUCUUUGAUGACGAACGUGCAAGGGGAAGUUAUAGAGAGCUUAUUACCAGUUCUUGAUAAUUUCGAAAGAGCGAAAGCACAAAUAAAGGUAGAGACGGAGGGGGAAGAGAAGAUUAAUAACAGUUAUCAGAGCAUCUAUAAGCAGUUUAUUGAGAUUCUGACCUCGUUGGGUGUCGAAAAUGUCGAAACUGUUGGCCAUGCUUUUGACCCUUUGCUCCACGAGGCAAUAAUGCGCGAGGAAUCAGUAGAGUUUGAAGAGGGAAUCAUCAUCCAAGAAUUCCGCAAGGGCUUCAAACUCGGGGAAAGGUUGCUCCGUCCGGCUAUGGUGAAGGUAUCCGCUGGGCCAGGCCCUGGAAAGACCGAAGAGGGGAGCACGGCAAUCGAUGAAGACAGCGGGCUUCAAAGAAAGGACGAGGACACCGGAGAAACAAGUGACGAGAGCAGCGAUGGGAGCGAAGAUUCAGAAUAAUUCUGGGCUUUUGAACAGCAUCAUUGUUCAUGAGUUUAGGUUUCUAUAAGAGAUCGAGAAUUUUGAAGUGCACUAGUGGUUGGGAGUAGAUUACAUCCCGUAGAAGUAGCCGUACACACGAAGUGAUUUUCGCCAAAGCAAAGUUUUGUUUGCUGUUGUAAUGUAACAUUCGAUGCUCCUGUUUGUUACCAUCUUUCUUGUCUGUGAAUCGUCCUUGUUAUCAUCUUUCUUUUCAUUUGAAAUGUACUAUUUUAUGGGUAGUUUUGUUUUCUGAGAGUUA